GGAUCCCCUGGAGAAAUGGGUUCCGACCUGUGCCGCGGUGGGGAUCGGGGUUGUGCUCUUCCGGGAGACCAGGUGGAGGCCGGGCUUCCUCUUUGGGCCGGCACCCUGCGCACCUGCAUGGGACGUGGGGGCCAUGGGUUUGGCGUUGGGGCUGCAGGGGUGCUGAGAGCAGCUGAGGCUGGGGACGUUCCCACGACAGACGGUUCUGAUUGACUGGGCGGAGCGCUCACGGGGUGACAGACACUGUGCUAGGCGCGUUCUAUGCACGGUCCGGUCCUCCCGGCGACCCAGGAGGUGAGGCUGUCAUAUUAAUGCACAUUUUCCAGACCGGGAAGCCAGGGCGCAGAAGUUAACCAACUUGGCCAACGUCCCCCAGAGGCACAUGAUUUAGGAGUUACGCUUUGUGACAUGGAUGAUUCUGCACUGACCCUUGACACAAUAGAUGUUUCUUAUCUGCCAAAUUCAUCAGAAUACAGUGUUGGCCCAUGUAAGCAUGCAAGUGAGGAAUGGGGUGAGUGUGGUUUCAGAUCUACUGUCUUCAGAUCUGCAACCUUGAAAUGGAAAGAAAGCCUAAUGAACCGGAAGAGGCCAUUUGUCGGAAGAUGUUGUUAUUCUUGUACUCCCCAGAGCUGGGAUAAGUUUUUCAACCCCAGUAUCCCGUCUUUGGGCUUGAGGAAUGUUAUUUAUAUCAAUGAAACUCACACAAGGCACCGAGGAUGGCUUGCAAGGCGUCUUUCUUACGUACUUUUCGUUCAGGAGCGAGAGGUCCAUAAAGGCAUGUUUGCCACCAAUGUGGCAGAAAAUGUGCUGAACAGCAGCCGAGUGCAAGAUGCCAUUGCAGAAGUGGCAGCCGAACUAAACCCCGAUGGCUCUGCCCAGCAGCAGUCGAAAGCCAUCAGCAAAGUGCGGAAGAGAGCCAGAAGGAUCCUCGAAGAAAUGGUCGCCACUGUCUCACCAGCAAUGAUCAGACUGACCGGAUGGGUGCUGCUAAAGCUGUUCAAUAGCUUCUUCUGGAACAUUCAGAUUCACAAGGGCCAACUCGAGAUGGUUAAAGCUGCAACCGAGAUGAAUCUGCCACUUAUAUUUCUGCCGGUUCAUCGAUCGCACAUCGACUACCUGCUGCUCACUUUUGUUCUUUUCUGCCAUAACAUCAAAGCGCCCUACAUCGCUUCAGGCAAUAAUCUCAACAUCCCCAUCUUCAGUACCUUGAUCCAUAAGCUGGGGGGCUUUUUCAUACGACGGAGGCUGGAUGAAACUCCAGAUGGACGGAAGGAUAUUCUCUACAGAGCUCUGCUCCACGGGCACAUAGUGGAACUACUCCGACAGCAGCAGUUCUUGGAGAUUUUUCUGGAAGGCACUCGCUCCCGGAGUGGGAAAACCUCCUGUGCUCGGGCAGGACUUCUGUCAGUUGUGGUGGACACUCUGGCCACCAAUACCAUCCCAGACAUCCUGGUAAUCCCCGUUGGGAUCUCCUACGAUCGUAUUAUCGAAGGUCACUACAAUGGCGAACAGCUGGGAAAACCUAAGAAGAACGAGAGCCUUUGGAGUGUAGCUAGGGGCGUGAUCAGAAUGUUACGGAAAAACUACGGGUGUGUCAGAGUGGACUUCGCCCAGCCGUUCUCCUUGAAGGAAUAUUUAGAAAGCCAAAGUCAGAAACCCGUGUCUGCCCCACUUUCUCUGGAGCAAGCUCUCUUACCAGCUAUCCUUCCUUCGAGACCCAAUGAUGCUGCUACUGAAGGUGCAGACGCGUCCACUACCGCGGCGAGCGGUGCCACAGACGAGGCGUUCCGGAGGAGACUGAUCGCAAACCUGGCGGAGCACAUUCUCUUCACUGCCAGCAAGUCCUGUGCCAUCAUGUCGACGCACAUCGUGGCCUGCCUGCUGCUCUACAGACACAGGCAGGGAAUUGAUCUCUCCACAUUGGUGGAAGACUUCUUUGUGAUGAAGGAGGAAGUCCUGGCCCGGGAUUUUGACUUGGGGUUCUCGGGAAAUUCAGAAGAUGUGGUCAUACAUGCCGUACAGCUGCUGGGAAACUGCGUCACGGUCACCCACACCAGCAGGAAUGAUGAGUUUUUCAUCACUCCCAGCACAACUAUCCCCUCGGUCUUCGAGCUUAACUUCUACAGCAACGGGGUCCUGCACGUCUUUAUCAUGGAGGCUAUCAUAGCCUGCAGCCUUUACGCAGUUCUGAACAAGAGGGGCGCGGGCGGGACUGCCGGAGGGCCCCCCAGCUUGAUCAGCCAGGAGCAGCUGGUGCGGAAGGCAGCCAGCCUCUGCUACCUGCUGUCCAACGAAGGCACCAUCUCCCUCCCCUGCCAGACGUUUUACCAGGUUUGCCACGAAACAGUGGGGAGGUUCAUCCAGUACGGCAUCCUCACAGUGGCCGAGCAAGAUGAUCAGGAAGACAUCAGUCCUGGUCUUGCUGAGCAGCAGUGGGACAAGAAGCUUCCUGGACCCGUGUCUUGGAGAAGCGAUGAAGAAGAUGAAGACAGUGAUUUCGGUGAGGAGCAGCGAGAUUGCUACCUGAAGGUGAGCCAGUCCAAGGAGCACCAGCAGUUCAUCACCUUCCUGCAGAGGCUGCUGGGCCCUUUGCUGGAGGCCUACAGCUCCGCGGCCGUCUUUGUGCACACGUUCAGCGGCCCGGUCCCGGAGCCGGAGUACCUGCACCGGCUGCACAGGUACCUCCUGACCAGGACGGAGCGGAGCGUGGCCGUCUACGCUGAGAGCGCCACCUACUGCCUCGUGAAGAACGCCGUGAAAAUGUUCAAGGACAUUGGGGUUUUCAAAGAGACCAAACAAAAGAGAGUGUCUGUUCUAGAACUCAGCAGCACGUUCCUACCUCAGAGCAACCGGCAGAGACUCCUGGAGUAUCUUCUGAGCUUUGUGGUGCUGUAGGUACCGCCCGGCCCCUCCGGCCGGUGAAGGGCCUGGGGUGAGUCCUGUGAGCUCCAGCCUCUGGCUCGAAAGUGGAAGGUGCCCCGUGUGCCAGGCCUGACCUGUCCUGAGGUGACCUCCUGAAGACAAGUGCCUUCCCCUCCGUGGAUCUGUGAUCACCCUGCUCUGAGAUGAGGAGCAGCCCAGAUAGCACCUGGGCCUCACCUCGGAGCUCCCGUCGCCCCAGCCGGGGCUCUCCCUCGGGGACGCGCAGGGGCCUGUUGACCCCCUUGCGCGUCCCCAUCUCCGCCAGCAAGUUGAUUUGCAGUUCCUGAUCAGUAGGUUAAAAAUGAGAUCUCAAAAAUGGUUUUGGAGUUUAUUAAAGAUUUACCUUUUAAGUAUAAUUGUUAAGCACUAAUUACUGUGAAGGACAGAAAAAUGUAGUUGUAUUUUAGAACUGAAUCUUGUGUGGUGUACGUAAGGCUGUCGGGAACUCAUUGGUGUAUUUUCUGAUUAACUGUUAAUCUUCCUUUAAAAAUAAUCGAGUCAUCCAUUUACUGCCCCCCCACCCCCA